AUGGACAGCGAAAAUAACGUUGCCUCGGAGCCGAGGGGAGCUGUGGAUGUGACCUCAGCAGCUCCAAUCGGGGCGGAGUUAAACGCCGAACCUUGCGAAGGUCGCAACCAAAGGAGGGAGGCUGCCUUAAGUGCUCAAACACGCCGGCGAAAUCCGGCCCGCCGAGCUCGGAAUGCCCAACAGGCUGACGAGCCCGGCGAUGAUGAGGAAAUAGAGACACACGGGCCUCUAACUAUCCGGACGGCGGUGCCGAUGGAGAUUGUCGCAAUAGCGAAAAACCCACAGGCCUGUCCCAAAUGCCUGCAGGGAGGUACCCAACUUCUCUACAUGGGCAGCUGGGAACUAAGCAGGCACCUUAAUAAAGAACACCCGUCAGUCGACGUGACCUGGGUGUGCGGUGCUUGCCAAAGGCGCUGCACAACGCUCAGGUCGUGGAGCUGUCAUGUUCCGCACUGUAAGGGGCGACAAGAACCAAAGGAUCUGCCGUUCAAAUAUGAGCAUUGCAGCUUGUCGUUUGACUCGCAGAUCGGACUCUCUCAGCACGAGAGGCAUGUCCAUCCAGAGGUACGAAACGAUAAGCGCGCGGCAGAGGCCAAUAAGCCAAAGGGCAAGAGUGGCCGUAGGCCUUCUAUAUGGUCCGACGAAGACUUGCUGCUUAUCCGGGAAUUAGAGAGCGAAUACCAUGGAGCUCGAAAUAUCAAUGAAAGAAUAGCUGAACAUUUCCCGGAUAGAACAGGCAGACAGGUGUCGGACGCCCGGAGGCGUAAGGACUAUGCCGCGCUCCGAGGGAGAGGAGGCCCGCAAGGCCCAGCAGAAGGAGUCGAGGCCAUCGAAGAGGUAGACGAAGGCGAAAUCCCUGAAGGGGAAGAGCUGGUCGCCACCGAUGCGCCCGCGCUGGAAAGCAGUUCUCAGCAAGAUCGAGAGUGCAGCCCGGCAGUGGGAUCCGAUGAACAAAUCGAGGACAGCAGUGACGACGACGAAUUCAGCGACGCAUUAGGAGAAAUAUCACUCCCAGAACCUCUCUCGUUUGAACGCACAACAAUCUCACCACCUCCUCGAGAUGACUGGAAAGGCCCAAUGAGGUGGGAGAUUUGCAAUGCGAGCGAAGAAGCCGGAAGUUACGCAAACUGGGUGACUGGACUGCAGGAGCUAGUCAGGAACAAUGCGCUGAGUGAAAUAGGACUAGACUCCCUGUAUGACCAGCUCAUCCAGAUUAUGCGGCACCCUUCCGAUGACAACGAACAGGAUCGCCUUCAAUUGAACGCUAGAGGCCCCCCACGAAGGGGCCACCGCAAGAACCGACGGCGCCGUCGUCUCACGGCAGCUGAUCGAAAGCGGUUUGCCUUUGCCAGGUGCCAAGAUCUUUGGAACAACAACCCAAAGAAGCUAGCCGAGUUAGUGAUUGCCAAUGACCUGUCCAUUCUCCAAAGGCGCCAAGCGCCAGGUAGAACGGAGACACAGACUCUGUACAACGAGCUGUGGGGGAGGGUCGGACCUAAUAUCGAAGCGCCAAGGCGCACCGAAGACCCGAUACCCGUAUCGAGGAUCUUCACUCCGAUCACUCCCCAAGAGAUAAUGGGCAGAAUCAGGCGAAUUAAAAACGACUCGGCAGCGGGUCCUGACGGGGUAACGAAGGACGACCUGAGAGGAAGAGGAGUCAGCAUAGCCCUCUCCAAGCUGUUCAACUCGAUCCUGCUAGCGGGUUACUACCCAAAGGCAUGGAGAGAGAACAGAACAACCCUUCUGCCGAAGCCAGAAAAAGAUCCUACUGACGUUAAGAACUGGCGGCCCAUUACCAUCAGCUCAAUGGUUAGUCGAGUCUACUCAGGCUUGCUUGACCAGCGAGUGAGGGCCGUCAUUAAGCAGUGUGAUCGGCAGAAAGGAUUCACGGAGGAAAAUGGCUGUUUCAGCAACAUACAGUUGUUGGAUGACGCCGUAUCGAACGCAAAGAAAGCGGGCGGUGUCAUUACUAUCUUGGAUGUUUCGAAAGCAUUCGACACUGUCCCGCAUGCCGUGAUCCAAGGGUGCUUGGAGAAAAAAGGAAUCCCCGAAACCGUGGCCGCCUAUAUCUCGAGCAUGUAUCGCGACUGCUCCACUGCAAUCCGAACGAGGAGCGGGACGUAA